UAUUGAGUAUAUUUCUGAAAAUGUAUCAUUUGUUGUACACAGACAAAUAUCCAAUCAAAAUGUUCAGAUUCUUCGCCAUUGUAUUCGCCGCCAUUUUGGCCAUCGCAGUAGCUGCUCCAAAGCCUAGCAUAGUAGCCUCCCCACUUGUAGCCUCUACCCCUAUUGCCUACUCUGCUCCACUGACAUAUGCUUCUGGAUAUGUUGCAAGUCCUUUGGCCUACAGAGCUCCUCUGGCUUACUCCACCUACGGAUCAUAUGCGUACCCCCAUGCUGCACCUCUUUUACUUUAAGGUUUCGUUUGAUGGGAUGAUGUAUAAAACAAAUGUUUCAAUCGAUGAUAACUAAAUUGCUGUUUUCUGAAUAAAUCCAAUCAAAUCUCA